AAAGCGACAUGACUGGAGCCGGGUAGAAAAGAAGAAAUCAUCUCUUCAAUUGAUAAAUAAUCAGUGCUUAGUUUGCAGUCAAUAGAAAGUAGCUCUAGUCCCUCUAGCUGCCAUGCCGCUUUUGAACAACUCUCGAAAACGUGUUUUCGUUUAUUUUUCCUUGACGUAAUAAGCGCUGCACGGACAGUGUUUCUGAUUGGACACGUCGUUUAUUUUAUUUUAUUUAUUUAUUUAUUUUUGCAAGUAAUCCUUGUUCUUUUAAUGCAUUUGCAGCAUAAACAUUAAUCACGUCCAUGUAGCCCCUCCUCUUUCUGCUGCGACUGCCGGAGAGCAAAACACCAGCAGAGAGCUGCGAAUCAGACUGUCACCAAACACUGAGGAAGACAGAGGAUCUCUGGAGAAUAGACGCGCACGAAACGGGACCAGGCACGGCAAUAAGGACAAUUUCAUAACUUCCUGGAUUUUGCCAAAAAGGAGUUAGAUUGGACGCCUCUCUUGGACUUAAUUGUUGCUCUUGUGAGAGACGAUUGUAAGUUUUCGUCCCUGUGAAGUGGAUCCUUGUUUUCAUUUAUGUGCUAUGGAAGCUGUGAGUUUUAAACAGUCAAGUCCAGUUCAUGCUUUAGAGAUGUUUAUGUUGUUGGUGGAUUGAACAUUUUUGGUCCUAACAAUGGUUGAACCAGUGGGGUUUGUGGAGGCAUGGAGAGCCCAGUUCCCUGAGUCUGAUCCACCUUGCAUGGAUUUGAACUCACUGGGGGAUAUUGAACAGGAGUUGGACAAAUGUAAGUCAUCUAUCAGGCACUUGGAGAAGGAGGUGAACAAGGAGCGCUUUCGCAUGAUCUACCUGCAGACUCUGCUCGCAAAAGAGAGGAAGUCGUACGAUGGGCAGAGAUGGGGGUUUAAAAGGACACCCCAGAUGAAUGAUGGGGACCUGCUGAGUGGCCCAGACAGCCACGCAGAUGAGGCACCAGCAGAGGAGCAGCAGCUGCUUAGGGGGCCUGGUAAGGCGGUGAGGUGUAAACCACAUCUAGAGGGGGAAGUGGAUGGCGCGUCCCCGGCCAAACAGAUGGGUGGGGUGUCACCUGUUCGUCAAGAGCCCGAUACUCCCGAUUUCCCGGUGGGCACAGGCUCGGUGGCAGCUCUGAGAUCCAACUUUGAGCGCAUCCGGAGAGCCAACUCUCACACAGCCGGGGACGUCAGAGGGCUGCCGGUGAUGGGUGGCCAGGAGAAACCCUUCUACGUGAACAUGGAGUACCAUCAAGACCGAGGGCUGGUUAGAGUCAACGACCGGGAGGUCUCAGACAAGAUCAGCACUCUCGGCUGUCAGGCCAUGCAGAUGGAGCGAAAGAGGUCCCUGCAUUCCCUCCCUGGGAACCUGUCAGCCGCCAUGGGGGACAUCAAUAAGGCUGUUCAGAGAGGCAGGUCCACUGAAGGCAACUGCAACUACAACGGAUCCUAUGAUGACUCAGAAGUCAGCCCACACUUCCUGAAAGACGGUGUUGUGCGGUCUGCUGGGGGAAAGUCUGAGCGACAGCCAGUGGAGUGCCAGCCUUACACCAGUGUGUACGUUGGAGGGAUGAUGGCUGAGGGGGACACUAGAGUCAUCCACAUCAGGGACCACAGCAUAGAGGACGAUGCACACCUCACCUGGCCGAGGCGCUCCUACUCUCCAGGGAGCUUCGACGAUGUAGGAGGAGGCUACACACCAGACUGCAGCUCCAAUGAGAACUUGACAUCCAGCGAAGAGGACUUCUCCUCCGGCCAGUCCAGCCACGUGUCUCCCAGCCCCACCACCUACCAGAUGUACAGGGAGAAAAGCCGCUCACCCUCGCAGCAGUCCUUCGACAGCAGCAGCAGCCCCCCCACUCCUCUGUCUCGUCUGAAGCAGCAGGGUACAGUCCCCGAGGCAUCCAUCAUCGGGGUCCGUAAAACGGGCCAGAUCUGGCCCAGUGACGGGGACUCCACCACCUCAAGCAGAACCUCUCAUGACAACAGUGUUCAAGGAGAUCUGGAGGCUCCCUAUAAUGAAAACCCUCCAUCAUAUGGCUACGAACUGGAGAAUUCGGAGGAGAAUCUGCCUCGCCACGGCCCCCUGUCCUUUACCGGAUCCCCUUCAUCCUCUCCGCGGCUCCGCUCCAAGAGCCGGAGCAGCCGAGACACGCAGUCCUCUGGUUCUCUGGAGUCCACGCUGUCGGUGGAGUUGGAUCAGGAGAAAGGUCUGGAGAUGAGAAAGUGGGUUCUGUCAGGAAUCUUGGCUAGCGAAGAGACAUACCUCAACCACCUGGAGGCCCUGCUGAUACCCAUGAAGCCUCUGAGAGCAGCAGCCACAACAUCCCAACCAAUGCUGACCAUCCAGCAGAUAGAGACCAUCUUCUUCAAAGUACCAGAGCUUCAUGAGAUACACAAGGACUUCUAUGACGCUCUGUUGCCCCGGAUCCAGGACUGGAGUCCGCAGCAGUGUGUGGGCGACCUCUUCCAGAAGCUGGCCAGCCAGCUUGGAGUGUACCGGGCCUUUGUGGAUAACUAUAAGGUUGCUGUGGACACCGCGGACAAGUGCUGCCAGGCAAACGCUCAGUUCGCAGAGAUAUCUGAGAAUCUCAAGGUUAAAAGCACAAAGGACUGCAAAGACCCGUCGGCUAAAAAUUCUCUGGAAACUCUUCUCUACAAGCCCGUGGACAGAGUGACUCGCAGCACACUCGUUCUACACGAUUUACUGAAGCACACACCAUCCAGCCACCCAGACUAUCCACUGUUACAGGAUGCCCUGCGUAUCUCCCAGAAUUUUCUGUCCAGUAUUAAUGAAGAGAUUACCCCCCGCAGGCAGUCCAUGACGGUUAAGAAGGGAGAGCACCGUCAGCUGCUGAGGGACUGCUUCAUGGUGGAGCUGGUCGAAGGCUCCCGGAAACUCCGCCACGUUUUCCUCUUCACCGACCUGCUGCUCUGCGCCAAGCUGAAGAAACAGGCUGCAGGGAAAGGACAACAGUAUGACUGCAAGUGGUACAUACCACUAGCUGACCUGACCUUCCAGACUAUUGAGGACUGUGAGUCCACUUCCAUCCCUCUUCUCCAGGAUGAGGAGAUUGAUGCGAUGAAGAUCAAAAUCUCCCAGAUCAAGAAUGAGAUCCAAAGAGAGAAGAGAACCACUAAAGGAUCCAAGGUGAUUGAGAGACUGAGGAAGAAGUUAUCAGAGCAAGAGUCCCUGCUGCUUCUCAUGUCCCCCAACAUGGCGUUCAGGGUGGCCAACAGAAACGGCAAAGGCUUCACAUUUCUUAUCUCUUCUGAUUAUGAGCGUGCAGAGUGGAGGGAGAUCAUUCGUGAGCAGCAGAAGAAGUGCUUUAAAAGCUUCUCUCUGACCUCCCUGGAGCUGCAGAUGCUCACCAACUCAUGUGUGAAGCUCCAGACUGUUCACACUAUCCCAAUGACCAUGAAUAAAGAGGAUGAUGAAUCUCCUGGUUUAUAUGGCUUCUUGAAUGUCAUCGUCCAUUCUGCGUCGGGGCUCAAACAGAGCUUAAACCUGUACUGCUCUCUGGAGGUGGAUUCUUUCGGCUACUUUGUGAACAAAGCAAAAACGCGGGUGUACAGAGACUCUACAGAGCCCAGCUGGAACGAGGAGUUUGAGAUUGAACUGGAGGGCUCUCAGACUCUGAGGCUGCUCUGCUAUGACAAGUGCUACAGCAAAACCAAGCAGAGCAAAGAAGACGGCGAGACCGCAGACAAGAUCAUGGCCAAAGGGCAAAUAAAGCUGGAUCCCCAGACUCUACAGAAUAAAGACUGGCAGAGGACAGUAAUCACCAUGAAUGGGAUCGAGGUGAAGCUUUCGAUGAAGUUCACAAGCAGAGAGUUCAGUUUGAAGCGAAUGCCUUCACGGAAACAAUCCGGCGUCUUUGGCGUGAAAAUCAACGUAGUAACUAAGCGAGAACGCUCUAAGGUCCCACUCAUUGUGCGCCAGUGUGUGGAGGAGAUUGAGCGGCGAGGGAUGGACGAAGUGGGGAUCUACCGAGUAUCUGGCGUCGCCACUGACAUCCAGGCUCUGAAGGCUGCCUUCGAUUCAAACAACAAGGACGUUUCUGUCAUGAUGAGGGAGAUGGAUGUUAACGCCAUCGCUGGAACACUCAAGCUGUAUUUCCGUGAGCUGCCGGAGCCCCUUUUCACUGAUGAGUUGUACCCCAACUUUGCUGGAGGCAUCGCUCUGUCUGACAGUGUGGCCAAGGAGAGCUGCAUGCUCAACCUGCUGCUGUCUUUACCAGAACCCAACCUAGUGACUUUCCUCUUUGUACUUGACCACUUAAAAAGGGUGGCAGAAAAUGAGUGCGUCAAUAAGAUGUCUUUGCACAAUCUGGCCACCGUUUUUGGUCCCACUUUGCUUCGACCGUCUGAAAAAGACAGCAAAAUUUCAAACAGCUCACAGCCAAUCUCUAUGAACGACAGCUGGUCUCUGGAGGUCAUGUCUCAGGUUCAAGUUCUUCUCUACUUCCUUCAGCUGGAGAGCAUCCCAACACCUGACAGCAAACGGCAAAGCCUUCUCUUCUCUACCGAAGUAUAACAGGAACCCCAUGGACUUGACCAUAAAAGUCUUGUUCUGAGGAAGAAUGUGGGCUUCUUAAUGAGGUGGAUAGAGCGGAGCAGCUAAGGCUGCCACCAGGGGGAGCCAUCGACCCAUUUAAAAAUGGAAACGACCACCAUGACCAAAGCCAUUUCUUUUGGAGAUGAGCAUGUGUGUUCUGUUUACUUAAAUGCUUACCUGCUGUGUCUGUGAAAGACAUCCCUGUAUGAUGUAUGGACAAGAUGUAUCAUUCCUUUUUUAAUUUAAUUUAAAUUUCAAGAAGCAAUAUUUACUGUACUUAGAUUCCCUCCCUCCCCUUUUCUGUCACUGUGCACAUUAGCUUAAUAUUUACAAAGGGAGACUUCUUCUCCUGCUGGGUUUUGUAAGAUUUAUUUCUGCGGGUGGAUGAUGGAUGAAUGAUCGGAUGAAUAGACAUAUUUUUCAUGUUUAUACUUAUUUUUCCCCAGAAAUGUUUUGUUUGGUUUAAGGCUCACCUGUGCCAAUGUUUCCCUGCUGAUGACCAAUAGAACAUUUCAGUUUACCUAAUGUUUACACUAUCUCUGUGUACAGAACUUAAAAGUAUGAGACUGAAAACUGUAGUUAACUCACAACAUCAUGCAGGCAUGAUGAUUGACCUAACCGUUAGAACUGUUUUGUUUUCUGUGCUGUGCAUGACCUUAUUCAGUUUGCAGGUUCUUCUGGUGGUGUCCAAACCUACCUUAUUUGUGCUUUUGGGGGGCGCUACUAAACAACAAAAGGAGAAAUCAUUCCAGAAGAACGCACAGCAUACAGCUUUUCAAGCCAUGGAAUGUAUACUGUGCUGUGUGUAUUUAAAUCUCUUUUGUCUCAUGUCUCCCCUUUUUUUGGAUUCUGUCUGAAUCAUUUUAUUCAGCUGGAGUUAAUAUAUAUAUAUAUAUAUAUAUAUAUAUAUAUAUAUAUAUAUAUAUAUAUAUAUGUGUGUGUUGCUUUCUGCAUUCCUUCUCUGUACUCUUCAACCUUUAAAUAACAAAACCGCACUGCUGUAGAAACAAGAGCAUCUGGAGGUGAUCUGAAAUACCAAAUAUUUCCCUAUAAGACCGUCAAAGCACAGUGAUUCGCUCAUAUCCAAAUAUCCUGAGUCAUUUACAGGUUUAUCAUCCACAUACCUACUGUGUGAUAUUCUUCUCCUAAUCACUACAAGUAAACUGUAACCCUGAAGGCUUGUGAUUCAUGUACAAUGAGCAAUAACUUUUAGAGUGACAGGUGAGUCAUGUAUGUAUGAUGUAUGUAAAUAAAAACUUGGUAACAUUA